GACCUGGGGGACAGAAGUUGUUGAAAACAGACCCUGCUACAAUGCUAUCAAAAUAACAGCAAGUAUUCAAACAGCUUGGUUUUGUUUUAGUUUUCCAAUACCACAACCUAAUAUUAUGGGCCCUGAGGCCUGUAUGUUCCUUGCUUAGCCCAGCAAAGCUAGCUCUAGUUUUGCAUAGCUUUUGUAGAGACUUAGAAGAUGUUAGUUCUUCACAAUUUUAGUGGUAUUUGCUAGUCAUUUAAAUCUUUGGACUGUUCCAAUGUUGCUUUUCAAUAUGGAUAUGAGUCUGAUCACAUCUGCUGCUGCUUUCCAAAAUGUGAAUGGGUGAACAAAAAAGCAAAACUGUUUCCUUACAUCAACCUACUAGAGAAAUUGUCCAUAUGAAGCUUCUUCAUUUAAGGAGGCAAAGGGGAAGGAGUCCAGCACUUGUAACCCCAGGAUUAUGUAUUUUGAAGUUUUCUUUUGAAAGAAAGAAAAUACUGUCAUCCCCCUGCCAAAGAUUAAAAACAGCCAUGAAAGCAAAUGGGACAGCUAACUGUACACAUACAGUACACCAGCAGAGGCCAAUAACCCUUUUGGCAGGGGUGCCGCAAAUUGGCUUUGUGCCCUUCUGAGGUGCUGUCCUGAUUCUCCUCCCUCUGCCCAGUCUGCUCUGCUGUCUACUCCCUGCCCUGUUUGCUACUGUACAGUUUGUUUUUGCAGUGGGACUCGACUAGUGUUGAUAUAAAUAGUUCUCAGGAACAACUUGACUUUUAGAAAUGUCUCCUGUAAAACGACUUGUUUAUGCACGAAUGUGUGGACUGUACAAAGCCAUCCUCACUCCCACACUGGCUGAGACCAGUGAUUUUUUUUCACUUCUCUCCUUCCUGCACAUGCUCACUGCUGCCUCCUUCCCCUGCACAGCCCAGACAGGAGGAGGCGGGGACUUGUGCUGCAGUCUCCUCCAGAGUGAGAUCCGGAAACACUUCCCCCUGUGCUGAGCCCUUCUGGGUUGCAGUUCCUCAUCUCUUUCCCAAUUCACCUCCCUUUCCCAAGUGCCUGGCUCCGAUGCUGUCCUUCCCCCUUCCCAGGAGCGUGCAGCUGGCUCUCUCACUUUGCUGCUAUCUGCUAGCGAGCAGCCAUGCUCUGCAAGGAAAGCUUGAGGGGUUGACUCGAGAUGAAACCUCACCACCAGGCAGCUCUGAAAAUAAUGGUGAACGUUACAUACGUCAGAAAGAGUAAAGCUCAAAGGACUGCUUAUUCCAAUGGAGCAGCUUCUGAAAAGGAUGGGAGCAUGGUUCAGUUGCCUGGUGGGAAGUUCCAGAUGGGGACAAAUUCACCCGAUGGUCGAAAUGAAGAAGGGCCUGUCAGGGAGGUGACAGUGAAGGCAUUUGCUAUUGACAAAUAUCCCAUCACGAAUAGGAAUUUCAGGGAAUUUGUCAGAGAAAAGAAAUACAAGACAGAAGCAGAAACAUUUGGCUGGAGCUUUGUCUUUGAGGAUUUUGUAUCUGAAGAGCUGAAAAAGAAAGUGACCCAGAAACUGGAGUCUGCCCCCUGGUGGUUGCCAAUUGACAAGGCGUACUGGCGACAGCCAUCAGGUCCAGGAUCCAGUAUAAAAGACAGGCUGGAUUACCCUGCGUUACAUGUCAGCUGGAACGAUGCCCAGGCAUUUUGCAAGUGGAAAGGGAAGAGACUUCCUACAGAGGAGGAGUGGGAAUUUGCUGCAAGGGGAGGACUAGAGAGUAGAAUAUAUCCUUGGGGAAACAAGUUUCAAGCAAAUCGCACGAAUCUGUGGCAGGGAAAUUUCCCAAAGGUUGAUAUGGCAGAAGAUGGUUACCAUGGUGUUUCCCCAGUGAAAGCAUUCCCUCCUCAGAACAGUUACGGGCUCUAUGACCUGUUAGGGAACACUUGGGAAUGGACUGCCUCAGAGUAUUUACCUCCUGCAGCUUCAUCAAGACAACGUGCUCAGAAAAUGCAUGUCCUGCGGGGCGCAUCUUGGAUUGACACAAUAGAUGGAUCAGCCAAUCAUAAAGCUCGUGUUACCACAAGAAUGGGAAACACACCAGAUUCAGCCUCUGAUAACUUGGGUUUUCGCUGCGUUGCUGAUAUCAACAAUCUCACAACUAUGAAAACCGGGAGGAAAACAGAGCUGUGAAUAAGUCCCUUAGUGAAAAUAACCUCAGACAUUUUCUCCUGUGGAGAUGAACUGUAAUUCCCUGUGGCUGGGUUUGAUCCAAAUUUAGCAAGUUUUAAAAAUUUGCAACUAAAUCUUCAUUUCUGCAAAGGCAGGUUUCAGGCAUUGUCUUUUUUUGGUCUAAUUAAUUCCUUAAUUCCCUGUUGGCUUUUUUAAAUGCUGCUGCUCUACUUUCAGCUAACCUCAUCAGCAGCCCCAGUGGACUCAGUUCUGCAAGCACUUCAUGGAAACAGUUCCACGGAAAUCCAGAGAAAUACUCAUGAGCAACCUCUUGCCAUCUCAAGGGUAUUUAAGUGCCAAACACGCAAUGAUUUAAAUUAAAACAUGAUUGAAAUCAAUCUCUGCCUCAGUUUUCCCACCUGAAAAUCAGGCAUCGUAAAACUUACCUACCUCACAAGACUGUUGGGAGAAUGGAUUAUUUCAAGGUUCCAUGGGUAGAGCUAGGAUUUUGAAAAGGGGUUGUGCAGAUGGUAUGGCACAUUGUCACAUAUGACACAAUACAUACUUUUCUCCAGUUAAAGAGAAACCAGAUGCAUUACUAAUAUGCUGUGGGCGAGGGUCAUGCUAUACAAAAACAGUUAUUGGAAUGGGCACUAAUUUGCUAGAUUAUGUAUAAAGUUUAAAAAACCACAACUGACUAGGCAAAAAAUAGUUAAAAUGGUCAAAAGACACUGCUUCAUUAGUCCUGUAGUCAUUAUAGUUAAACAUAUGUCUCUUAUUCAGAUCCAUAAAACAAAAUCUAGCCUUCUUGACUGCCUUGACAGUGCCUCCAAAACUUCACACACAGUUGUUUCUGCAUCUGAAUUAAUAUAAUCGCACUUAAGGCUUUUAGAUAGAACUAAAAACAGUCUGCAAAGCUGUGAAAUAGGAACUAACAGACAGGAAAAUUGCAGAAGAAAGGAUAGUUUCAAUAGUGGAACAUCAAGGCCAUUCAAAAGGAGAGAGGGCAUGUGGAGUGGAGAGAAAUUAGUGGGAAUCAGGGAGAUGAUAAUGAGCCAUGAAGUCAACUGAAUCAGUAUUGUCUGAUAAAUGUGGUUGCCCCUCCCAGGCAAUUGGUUUUAAAAUU